AUGCUGUGCAUCGCUUGCUGCGCCUUCGGGUGCUAUGCGCAGUUCGUGCUUAAAUUUCCGAAGGACAGGUUCUUGAUCGGCGUGUGUGUCGCUGGCUACUUUUUCUUCACUGGCCUGGUCACCUUAAUCGACAUGCUAGUCAUCAAAACGUCAGUUAUUUGCAUCAAGGUCAGCGGCCAAACAGUGUUCGUUGACGUGACUAUGCAGCCCUUCUCCCACGAGAUGACGAUUGGCUUGAGGAAUCACAUUGGCUUGAAGAAGGACACUCCAAUUUGCCACAAGACCUCGGUGGGGGAGUACUUCGACAGCGAUGGCUACCUGGGACAGGAGGAGAUCCUGGCGGCCUUCCUAAAGCUGGUUAAGCGUUUUGAGAAGGAACAUGACGGCAAAGAGGCUGAGAGGAAGAAAGACAAGUGA